CAUUGGGGCCAGCGUACCCUGCAGCGACGCUGGACAACCUUUGCCAAAGCCCAGCUCCUGUGCCAGUCUGACAACGAGCUGCCCUAUAACGUCAUCCAGGACAUCGUCACCCUCCCGCCCCACCUUGAGGGCGCCCCAGUGGACGACACCCUCUUCUUCGGCAUCUUCAGCUCUCAGUGGUCGGUGAACUCAGGGCGGUCGGCAGUGUGUGCGUUCCGCCUGGGCGACAUCAAAGCAGUUUUCGCAGGCAACUACAAGGUCCUGAAUCGAGACACACUACGGUGGAGCAUGCGAGUUCAGGAAAAGGUCGCCAACCCGGGAGAGUGUGGCCUGCACAACGCCUCAGACAACACCCUUCGCUUUGUCAAAGAGAACUUCCUUGCGGACGACAGCGUACACCCUGUGGGGAAGAGCCUGACCAUGGUGUCACCUGACCAGCGCUACAGCCACGUGGUCACCCAGAGAGUACAGGCCGCCAACGGCAAGGACUACACCAUCCUCUUCCUGCUCACAGAAUCAGGCUACCUCCACAAAGCAGUGCUGCUGGAGAAGGGUGCACACAUCAUUGAGGAGAUCCAGGUCUUCAAGCAGCCUCAGCCCGUAAAGAACCUCCUGCUCUCAAUAGCCAAGGGUGUGGUGUUUGUGGGCUCAUCCGAAGGUGUGGUGAGGGUCCCGGUCUCCAACUGCUCCUACUACAGGAGCUGUGCUGAGUGUGUGCUGUCCCGGGAUCCUUUCUGUGGCUGGGACCCCUCCAACAAAGUCUGUACCGARGCAACCAGCAUCCAGGACAACGUAGGCCAGGAUGUGGAUGGAGGGAAUGUGCAGGAGGCGUGUGUGUCGCCCAUGAUGCCCAGAUCCAGAUUUGGACUGCACAAAGGAAACGCAGACUCCUUUCCCCCAGGCGAGCUGGUGUUGGUGUCCCUGAAUGAGGUGGUGCGACUGCAGUGUCCAGAGACCUCGAGCCUGGCCCACCGCCACUGGGAGCGACCCAACAGCCGCCUCUCCCCGGAGAUCUACCUGCAGCUGGAGGACGGAAGCCUGAACUUCCUGGCCACGCCCACCYCCCUGGGCCACUACCUGUGUCUCUCCACAGAGAACGGCUUCCAGCAGAACCUGGCCAUCUACCAGGUAAAGCAGAAGAGCAGCCCCACCACCCAGGCCACUGCCCCUGGCGUGACGCCCACCCGCCCCCAGAGCCCGGCCCUCCCCCCAACCACCCAGGCCCUCCCCCCAACCAUCCGGGCCCUCCCCCGAAUCACCCAGGCCGGCUCAGGAGGAUGGCUCACCCCGCCCUUGACGUGGCCCAAGCAGACCGAGCCAAAGCCCACCGCGCCGUCAAGUGAGACUCAGGCCACCACAAGGCGGACCAGCAGGAACUUUACCUUCUGGGUGGAGCAGUCGGAGGAGGAGACUGAGGUGAAGUCGCUGGGAGGGGACAGGCUGCAGCUGGCAAUGGGGCAAACCUACCUGAAGGAGCUGGUGGUGGUAUCUGUACUGCUAGCAUGCUGCGUUAGCAUCCUGCUAACCAUUGCGCUGUACGGCAUGAGGCAGCGCUGCCGCAGUAGGACGGCGCCCCAAGCCAACGCCCCAGGGAGGGACUUGGAGAGGGGUGGCCAUCAGGAGCGGGAGGCCCUCCGGGGGGGUCAGUCACCGCGCAGCAACGGCAAGCGGGAKGGGCAGGCGGCUCACAAUGGCCAAGCCAAUGGGGUUGUGUGUAACGGCACGCCUAAGGGCUCCAACGGGCAUCUGCCAAACACCCCUAUCUGAGCACAGUCAACCGUAUCGCACCCUGACUAUUGACAGUAUCAUAUCCACUCUUCCUGAGAGCAAUGAAGCUUUUACAUGGUCGCUCUGAGCCAUGGGAUUUUACAUCAACACGGCUAACUGCAGCACUCUGAAUUGUGUGGACUGUCAUGGCGGGGAGAAAGACUGUUUGGCCUGAUAGACUGUGGUAACUCAACUAAAAGGACACUGUUUUAUUCUGGUACGAUACCAGCCUGUGUGAAUCAAAUGGGCAGACUGAUAAACAUCACUCUCACUGCUCUUAUGUAAUAUUGUGUAUUAUAUUGUGCUGUAUAUACUUUUGAUUUGAGGAUCAAUCGACUAGACUGUUUUUGUGUAUUUAAUGAAAGAGCCAAGAAAGCCGAUGUAUCGAAUGUACAUGAAGGACUGUCUCUACACUGCCACCAAAAAAACUGAAUUGGUUCUUAACUAUUAACUAAUGUGUCCACUCAAAUCCCAGGCAGUGUGGAUGCAUAUCGCGAAGAACACAAAAACAGCCUUUUCUGUUCGAACAGUGUUUUUGUAGCAUCAGGUCUACAUUGUAAACCACUUUCUUACUCUGCAGCGUCAGCGAAAGUUACGGAGCACGGCUUUUUCCACUCUUAUUUAUUUUUUGCCAGUUUCUUUUUAUCAUUCUAUUGAAUGUGCUGCCAAUGACUUCAAGUGUUUCCAACUUGCUUUUCUUUUUCUCUCACCCAAACGCACAUUUUUGGGAAAUCCUGCAGUCUGUGAAGCCAUGAGAACAUGAUGUUGAUUUGACACUGUAGGCUUAUCUCUUCCAGAACAAACAAGAUUAUUCUGGUGUUUAGAGACUUUUAGUUUUGUUAAUUUGUUGUCAGUGUAUUAACUGGACAGAAAUCUGAAAAUCACUUUGAAAACUGUGAAAUUGCCAAAAUUGCAUUUUGGAUGAAAACAAACAUGUUUUUUGCUAGACAGCUAUUCGMAGAUUGAAAACAGAUGAAAGGUGGUUCAUUUUAAGCUGCUUUAGAUGAGGAAGACUAAUAGUUAAACAAAUAUGGUACUUAUUGUCUUUGGUACAGAUCACAAACCACUUUUUUAAAAUAAGUUGUCUUUAUUUUUAUACAAUCGUAUCUUACUGUUCUAAUGUUGCAAAUAAACAGUUCAAUUUGUCCAAAACCAAAA